CGGAAGUAGUCGGGGAGGGCCGCGCAGUCGGACCGGCUGCUGAGACGAACGCUUCACUGGGGCAGUCUCCGCAUAUCAUGGGGAGAUAGACGCUGCUGCCUGUGAGUCUUGGGCCCUGGCAGUUGAGGAACAAGAGCGGGAGGAGGGAGUCAGGACCCAGACCUACAGUGGGUCAGUGUUCGAAGGACCAGGUUGUGGACGAGACGGGGCUGUGAGGAUUCAGGCUCUUGGGAAGGGACUGACUGAGAGGAUCAGGCUCGGAGAAGACGCGACUGUGGGGACCCGGGCUCCAAGACGGGACUUAGGGAACGGGGACGGAUGCUAGUUCUCCGGCAUCUGAGGGAAAGUGGUCUGAGAGGAGCAGGAUUAUGAGGACCCGCACUCCUACGAGAAGAGGGUCAGAAAGGAACGGGGCGUGAAGACACGGGCUCCGGAGAGGUAGCUUUUGGAAAUGGCUGCCUCUCAUUUCACCGGGCUCACAGCUGUUGCUGAUGUAAUUAAAGAUCUAGACACUCAGAUAGCUUUAAUUGGCCUUGGUCCUCACAGCUCCAAAAAGAAACAGGAUCUCGAUAAGCUCUAUGAGCUGAAGUCCAAAGCUCGGCAGAUUAUGAACCAGUUUGGCCCCUCAGCCCUAAUCAACCUCUCCAAUUUCUCAUCCAUAAAACCGGAACCAGCCAGCACCCCUCCACAAGGCUCCAUGGCCAAUAGUACUACAGUGGUAAAGAUACCAGGCACUCCUGGGACAGGAGGUCGUCUUAGCCCUGAAAACAAUCAGGUAUUGACCAAGAAGAAAUUACAGGACUUAGUAAGAGAAGUGGAUCCUAAUGAGCAGUUGGAUGAAGAUGUGGAGGAGAUGCUGCUGCAGAUUGCUGAUGAUUUUAUCGAGAGUGUGGUGACAGCAGCCUGUCAGCUUGCGCGGCAUCGCAAGUCCAGCACCCUGGAGGUGAAGGAUGUCCAGCUGCAUUUAGAGCGCCAGUGGAACAUGUGGAUCCCAGGAUUUGGCUCUGAAGAAAUCCGACCCUACAAAAAAGCUUGCACCACAGAAGCUCACAAACAGAGAAUGGCAUUGAUCCGGAAAACAACCAAGAAAUAACACACGGAAAGGUCAGGGAAUGGACAGCAAUGUAUUUGGAGAUACUUGAGCUGAGAACUCAGCCAUCUCAUCCUUGGAUUUUUUUUUUUAAUGCUUUACAGAGAAGCAUAUAUUUUUUAUUAACAGUGCAGCAAUAUCUAUAAUGACUGAGAGGAUCUGCCAAAAGAAUAAAGCCUCCUACCCCAACUUCCAGUCCCUUUUCCCUGCCAUCUCAAAGAGGAGCAAUGUAUCUUCCAGAGAAGAUUUUAUUUGUGGUUUAUUAUAUAAGUGACUGAAUAUGGGACAAAGCAUUAUGGUCUUUUUGGGUAAGACAGUAUUAGCAGGAUUUGUAAAGGGUUUUGUUUCCUUCUCCCUUCCCCUUUUCCCUGUACUUUGUAAUGUCAGUGUUUAUAUGAAUAUGACUUUCAUUUGCUUUUCCAGAAUAAAGAAGUUAUUAAUCGAAA